GGGCUGUUGGAGCAAUUACAGUGUAUCAUAAAGGUUUACUAUUUUAGCACUUGAUCUCCUUUUCGAUACCUUGUUGCUUUUCGGUUUUAUAUAGACUACGCGGCUCGCGGGGUUCGCGGCUAAGCGGCGGCGUUAACGAAGCCAGCGGUCCUAAACGUAACGUGAAAUUCGGUUUUUAUUCGUUUAUAUUUUCAAAAACGACCGAUCGGGUUUAUGUAGAUUCGACUUUACCAAAAAAAAAAAAAAAUCUAGCAGCUCGAAAAAGAUACGGGACGCGGGGGUUACGCGCGCGCGGAGGGAGGAGUCAGCGGCGCUCGUUGCGAUUUAAUUGGCUGUUAGCUCACACUGAGUUGUGUAGUUAUCAGUAAUUAUAUUCAGCAUGUUUUGCACAAGAAAUGUCAUCCAGAAAGGGCAAUCUUCUUCCACCGUCAAAUUAUACCACGAAGAUGUCAUGCUCCGAUAGUCCAUCUGGAAAUUCGUUUCUGGUAGACUCCCUGAUCCACGGAAGGGCCGAGGGAAGCGGACACUACUACCAAAACAGCGGAGUCUACUUGCAGCCGGGCUCCGAGUAUUCUUACGGACUGUCUAACUGUGGCUAUUUCUCUGGACUCAAACGGAACGAGAGCAAUUCGCAAAAUGCGGUGCCUACGUGCGGGCCGUACCAAGGCAUGGAAACGUGGCUGGAGACGUCGAGGUCCUGUCGCAUUGAACAGCCUAACAACCAAAUUGCCCCGCGGUCGUUCUCGCCCGCCAUAAAAGAGGAAAACUCUUACUGCUUGUACGAGUCUGAGAAGUGUCCGAAAGAUAGCGUCACGGAGGACAUAUCGUACUCCCGGCUGACACCGAACUCGUGUCCGUCUGGCAACAACAACGGCUGCGUUCCGGUGCCCGGUUACUUCCGUCUGUCUCAGACGUGCGCCACAUCGAAAGGCUUUCCAGACAACAGCCAGUCUGUAGCGGCUCACGCUGCUGCUGCUGCUGCUGCUGCUCAGCGCUCUGCCCGGUUUGACAGCUCUCUUUCAGCCAUAGGAGCAGAAGCUAGCAGGGAAGAGAACGACGAGCCUCCCACAUGCGCACCAUGCGCCCCGGCGAGAAACAAGGAGCUAAGGGGGUCCACCGGCACCGCUUCGUCUCCCGAACCACCGGACAGCCCGGAGAAGGCGGUCACUGUCGCAAAAGGAGAUAACAAAAGCGACAACACAGCUAACUGGCUGACGGCGAAGAGCGGCCGUAAGAAGCGCUGCCCCUACACCAAGCACCAGACUCUCGAGCUGGAGAAAGAGUUCCUCUUCAACAUGUACUUGACGCGAGAGCGGCGCCUCGAGAUCAGCCGCAGCGUGCACCUCACGGACAGACAGGUCAAAAUCUGGUUUCAGAACCGGCGGAUGAAGCUGAAGAAGAUGAGUCGAGAAAACCGAAUCCGAGAGCUGUCGGCCAACUUCAGUUUUUCGUGAAGCCCCCCUCGCUUUGCAGAUCUCUGGCGCCCUCCUCCACCGGCGGCAGCCUACUUGCCCCAAACCGUCUCCGUGGGCGCGUGUGUGCGUAUAUGACUUGUGCAAGAUACUAUUGAUAACUUAUUGUGUGUCGUAUACUGUUGACGUUUUUAUCUGUUUAUGUAUAAUUUUAUUUGACAAGCCAGUCGUCAUAACAUGUCAUGGUUAUUUAUAAACUGUCGGGAGUACUUCACUGUAAAAGCGAGGGAGGAAAAUAUCGAAUGCUCGAGGUGUUCAUUGUACAUAGCCUUCAGACUAUAUUGUACAUUUAUUGUAUAUAACUGCGGUAUCUGCAUGUUGUAAUAAUUAUAACUAUUAUGAAAGCGUUUUUAAAUAACAACGACGCGUUUCUUCUAAGUACGACCUUGUCGGGUAUUUGCUGUUCUAGGCAUAAGUGGAAAAAAAUCGGUAAAAUGUAGAAACUUUUAAACAUGACGGGACUUCUUGUGUUAUUUUAACAGCGCCAUCAAAUGUAUCACCUUUUUGGAAACGUAGGCUAAAGAGAUGUAAAUUAAUCAUUCGCACAUGGCAGAAAAUUAAUAAAGGCAUGUACCUAAACUCA